ACAAAAAAAAGGUCACUUCUCGAUGACAAACUGAGGUGACGGGAUCGAGCUACAGAGCUUUUGAGAUUUGUAGUGCUAUUUCAAACUUGGCUUGUCAAUAAGCUCAAGUUGUUGUCUUUUCAGUUUUGUUGCGCCUUUUUAUUUCACUCAACUCGUUCAGCGGAACACCGGUCAUUUGUAAUUCGGGAUAUUCACCGCUCUGAAUUCCUGGGACAUAUGAAUUGCUGAGAAGUGUUUUGAGAGCUCAGCUCAGUGUUUGCAAUUGGUGUGCCAUGGACGAGGAUGAAGAUACGUAUGUGUACGUAUAUGACCGACGGAAAGGUGCUGACCCACCUAGCAAGAUUAGCCUUGGUGGCGUGUUCAAGUUCGCGAACUUCCAAGCCUUAGUGAAAGAGAAUCUACAACUUGCAGCAAGGGAGAAGUUCAUAAUUUGCACGACAAGCCGCCACUUGAUCAAGGACGAUGAUACAUACGAAAACUUGGUGAAUGCCAACGAUACGCUGUAUGUUCUAACACACCUACACCAAGAGCUGAGUGCCCCGGCAGCACAGCGUGUUGAGUAUGUCCCGCAUCAUGACACCAUUGUCAAGUCUGGCAUGUACGAGUACUAUGCCAGUGAAGGGCAAAAUCCACUCUCCUAUGCCUUUGCUGAGUUGAUCGACAACUCCUUGUCUGCGACACGUGUAGUGGAGAAAAGAUCGAUUGAAGUGCAGUUGGUCUUUGAUGACAAUUCGGGCCAUUCUGUGUAUGUCAUUGAUAAUGGCACGGGUAUGUCUACACGUAAGUUGAAUGACUGGGCUAUCUACCGACUAUCCAAGCAAAGCCGUCACCACUCAGAUGUGUCAUUCACUGUUGAUACCGAGCGAGUUUCCCGUUUUUUGAACAGUGAUAUCUCCUAUUUUGGCGUUGGAGGAAAACAGGCAAUCUUCUUCAUUGGCAGUGCUGUGCGGAUGAUAACCAGGGAGAUUGGGAGUGAUGAUGUGCAUGAGCUCUUCUUGUCCAAGGAUGGCUUUGACCAGAAAGCAAGGGAACGCCAGCCUGUUUACACGGGAGAGAUCCUGAAUCGUCCACCAGGAGACCAUCAUCACGUGACGGCCUCUGCUCCAGCUGAUCACUUGACGGAAUUCAUUGAGUCCGAGCCAGCACGUGACAAUUUCACUGCGGUCGUUAUUACGGGUGUAUCUCCCGGUCAUGUGCAAUACUUGCGCUAUCAUUUCAAGCACUGGUGUCGUCAGCUUGCGCACAUUUAUCACUACUAUCUACAUGGUCCGCAGGGUAAUGUCUCUGAAGGAAACUCGAAGGCUGCCAAUGGUGCUGAGAAUGGUACUUCGAAGAAGUCUACUUCCUCUAAGAGCUCCGUAUCUGGAGCACCGUUUGAGAAGAUUGAUAUCAAAGUGUCACUUUUUGAGAAGGGCAAGCCGCCGGUCAUCGUACAACUCAGUGAAAUCAACGAUGAUCUUCAAACGCAGUACAUUCGCUCUUCAGCAUCUUCAUUUGAAUUCUGUGCUGAAGUGGACGGCAUUGGAUCUGUCGAAGGUGUGCUACGCUACCAUCCCUUUCACUUUGACCAUGAAACUAUCCCACAACUGGAAGACCCUAAUAACGUGGAUGGCGAGGAGAAGGAGGUGGAGAAGAACCGUGCUUUGUUUGAGUGCUACUGGAAUGGUCGGCUUAUCCCUUACACCAACAUCCAGAGCCUGGAGUGGAGUCAAGUCAAGCGCACUGGCAAUGUUCCCGAGGAAUGUUUUCACAGAGUAUCUGGUGUGCUGUGGUCGGACAGUCAUUUCCAAGUCAGUACAAACAAGCUGACAUUCAUUGAUCUCCCAUCUCGCCUUCAAGAGAAGUCAACGUGGUACUCGCGUGUAGUGCGAGGUGUGGAACAACGCUGUCCCCACAUGCAACGUGCCUUCCUCGACUGGCUGAAGGAAAGCCAUGAACUAUAUGACAAACAGGUCAAGUUCAUGGGGUUCAAGGAUCAGAUCCGCCGCAAGGAUGUAGCACAGAAGCGAAUGCAAUCGCCGUGGUCUGUCUUUGAUUCCAUUGAGUGGGAUGGCAAAACAUUCCGCAAGGGACAACUGGUGAGAAUACACCGUGUUCUGCCCGUCGUCCUUGGGCGUGUUAAGCGCUUUCUGCUGUUCGGUGAACACGAGGGAGGUGACCUCUAUGCUACUGGUGGUGAAAUUGAAAUUGCUCAGGAACCUGUGUCAUUGUUCACUGAGACCAAAGUCUACCCAUUGUCAAAGCUUGACAGAGCCUGUACUAAAGACAUGGUUCAGGCGCUCAUUGUUGAGGAGGAGCGCAAGCUACCAAGCCAGUUGGAUGUAACCUUUCCUGAUGGCAAUGCUAUUGAGAACAAUGCCAAGCUACCCUGUGACUCUAUUCUUGGUGCUAUUGGCGUGGAAAUCCUCAACGGUCAUGGUGAUCCAAUGUCAAAACUUGUCGGUGAACGGCAGAAGCAGCUAAUGGUGGAGCAGCGCAUUGUUCACCAUACUCCCAGUGGUGACAAGGACAUUGUUAAGCUGUGCAGUCGUCAUGGUGGCAAGAAGUGGGCUUACUGGUUUGGUGCUGUAGAGUUCCGAAGCACUGGUACUUACACGUUAUCGCUUCAGGCUAUUGUUGGCAAUGACCAAACUUCUUCGUCCACAUCAUCCUUGCCAUCUGUUCAGAUCAAGUUUACUGUGACUGAGGGAAAGGCUGUGAAGUUUUCUGUCGGAGUUUUGGAUGGGCCGUUCCGAAUUGGAAAACCAUUCAAGAUUCCAAUAUCACUUCACGAUCGGCUGGAGAAUCGCACUCCACUUCCUUCUGGUAUAACACCUGUGCUGGCAAUCAGUGGAAUGCAAGUGUCAUUCAAGGACAUCUCGAAAAAAGGCGGCGAAUGUAUCAUGAAUGGUGUUGUCAUUCUUGGCAAAGUUGAUUCCACCAAUGGCAAGGAUGUGAGUAUGUCUGUCCAAGUUCCAUCACUGGAUUCCUCGACACAGAAGAUGAAGAUCAGACUUCUGCCUGGCUUACCAAGUUCACUGGAAGUACAGCCUGAUGAUGAACCCAUUCAUUUAGAGAGUGGACGCAAGCUGGAACUGAAAGUUCGUGUUAAAGAUGCUGCGGGAAACCCUGCAUCUGACAAUCGCAUGGCAAUCAACUGCAAGCUGACUGGAGCGCCUCACCUUGAAACACUGUCUGCUGUAGCUAGCAACGGAGAUGCAGUGUUGUCGUGUUGUCCCAAGGUUACCAUCAAGAACAUGAAGCCAGUCAUUCUCAAAGCAGUUGUUGAUAUGCCUCAUCACCGCAGUACCGUGUCUUCAGUGGAGCGUCGCAUUGAGGUUGUGCCGAGCUGUCAACCUGCAUCUAUACAGGUGUUUCGACAACCAAUGGGAAAUGAGAUGAGAAGUGGUGAUGACGAGAUGGAUCAAGUGGAAAUUGACACUGAUUCUGAGAUUGGCAUACCAGCCGGAGAGACACUGAGUGGACUGUCAUUUCAAGUUUUGGAUGAAGGCGGCCGCAAUGUUGAAGUUGUCCAGGCCCUGGCUUCGAAAAUACAAGUCAACUGGGUUGCCAAACCCAAUGUGGAGCUGCUGAAGGCUGGGAAGUUGCCUGAUAUCAAGGCGCCGAGCACUGUUGGUGAGGUCAAGUUCUGCCAGGUUUCCUUGUCGGGCCAGUCACCACUAUCCUUCUCCUUUUCCGUAGACCCGCUACCUGGCCCUGCAGAGGUGCUCAAGUGUAUAUCAAGUAACAAUGUAGUGAGAAUUGAAUCACCUACAACAACACCGCUCAUCAUCACUCUUCAUGACAAACAAGGAAACCAGCUGAAAAAGAUCAGUCCGUCGCUGCUGUCCAGUGUAACUAUUACUGGUGCCAAGCUUAGGUCUCAUGAUCCUCCAGAGAUAACUGAUGAGUGUAUCAAAAUUCGGAACAUUGUCUUCGACGUGCAGAAGCUUGCUGUUGAGGAUGUGGUGGUAAAGAUUGGUGAAAUGUCGGCAACCUACUCAUUUCAGGUCAUGCCUGGAAAGCCUUCUCAAGUCAGAAUUGUAGACUGUCAGCCUGAGGAGGUGUUCACUAUCUAUAAUGAUGGGCGUCUACCCAUACCGCUCAAAGUGCAGCUGUAUGAUGAUUACGGUAAUCCAAGUGGCCUGGAAGGUGUUAGGAUGCAGCUAGGGAAGAGCGGUGGGCUCAAGUUGUCUCCACCGACGCAACAUCAACGUACAGAUGGUAAUGGCCAAGUUAACUUCGGAUUUACUUCCGUCAGAGCUGAACGCGGUGACUAUUUCAUUACGCCCCGUGCCAUCUACGGUCAGACCACUAUUGUCGGCGCUAGCCUACGCAUCUGUGUUGAGCCUGACCCAAGUCGAGUGGUGGCUGUAGAAGUCACACCUGCUGGCAGUCAGCAAUGUACUGUUGCACAGAACCUGCCUGAAUUGAGCUGUGUUGUGAUGGCGGAAGAUGGUCAUCCAUUUGCUGGUGCGCUGCCUUCUCAUGUCAAGAUGGAAUUGCUUCGCGGUGGCAGUGUGGUUUCCACGUACAGCCCGUCAACACCUGGUAGUGAUACUGAAGGUGGCCGGUUUCCAUUCAGUGGUCAUGAUGCACCAGUCAAUUCCGGCACACUGCAGGCUAGGUUCAAGUACUGUGACGGAUCGGUUACUCUACAGAGUCGUACAGUUGAUAUUGAAGUAAGCCCUGGUCCGCCUUGUCGCCUCGUGUCCGACUGUGUCCCAUCCGCUGUUGCUGUAUCGAAUGGUGCUGUGAUCAACCAGCGCAAGAUUGUCGAACGUCUAGAACUGCGCAUCAAGGAUGAACAUGGUAACAACUGUAUCGAUGACUCUCUCAGUGGAACAGUCCAUGUAACACUACAAGCAGAUAGUGGUGGAACAGAUGCUCGCAAUGUUGCUAACAUUCCUACCUUUGAUGGUGGCAGUAGAAUGCUUUCCUUCCCGCUGGCUGCUGGCUCGUGUGUCAUUCAGCGUCUUCUUGUGGCACAGGAUUGCCCAGGAGUGGAUGGUCACCAGUACACAGCCUACUUCACUGUGGAGUCUCCACACUUUGAGAGCAACCAACUCUCCGUACAGCCUUUCCUUAUCUCCUUCAUGUUCUGUAACGAUGGUCAUAAGCAGCGACAGUUAUCUAGCCUCACCACUGACAAAGACAAACUGCAGUCUUCUAUUGAAGACCUCAAGCAGUUCUUUGCUAAACAUGAGCAGGAACUGAAGACAUUGAGGGGUGCUCUCAAUGAGCAAGAGCACGGCUUGAACAGAUUGAAGUUGUCACUGACUGCCGGUGGGUUCACCAACACACAGGUCUCCGCCAUGACUCAGAAUCCAAUGUUAGCACAGCAUCAAGUCGACAGUUAUCGCAAAGAGUAUCAGCUGCUAGAGUCAGCACCACGACGAAGAUGUCUUCUGGAGAAUGUGCCACCUCACUACACGAAUGACCGUGAUGUCAUUGGCAAGGUUGCACACUUGGCUCUGGUUGAAGAUGAUGAUGUGGCACGUGUGCUGUCCUGGCAUAUGGGUAACGACAUGGACUGUUGUAUUACCUCCACGACUGAGAAGGCUAUGAGUGUUAAUGAACAGUGCGGAGGUCGCCAGCAAAUGCUUGCUCUUGACUCCAUCUACAAGAAAGCUCUGCCCCAAUGGGAUAAGCCUCUACCUCACGCGAAGGUCUUGCGCAAUGAGCCACGUGGUAAUCCACAGUAUGUUAAACAUUACUUGAAGUUCACGGGCCGGGAAGAGGAGUGUCGACAGGUGUUUGGUCUGCUUCUUGGCGAGGUCAUCUUGCUGGACACACUGGCUGAUGCCGCACACUAUCGCCAGCAACUUGCUAACUACACUCGUUGCCCUACUCUGCUGACUAGAGAUGGUGACCGUAUCCGUAGCACGGGCAAGUUUGGUGGUUACCAGAACAAGGCUCCACAACUUGACAAGCUCCGUGUUGUGUUUGGUGCGCCUGCACCGGAGAGGCUCAGUGUUCUCACUCAUCAAAUAGAGUUGCUUCAGGCUUUUCAACAGCAACUCUCCAACGUUGCACAAAGCAAGUUGCGUCUCGAUACAAAGAUUGGUGAAGCACAGGGCCUUGAGUUUCGACGUCGCCUCUCUCUCUGCAAAGAGAAGGAAGAAGAAGUUACCAGAAUUGACGGCCAGAUUAGAGUCCUAUCUCCGAAACCGCCCACGACACGGCCAUCUCGUACUGGUGCAUCAGCAGUGUCUUCACCUCUUGCUGCAUCCACCUCUGUGAGUGGUGCUGCUGCAUCUGUGGGGGCAUCGUCUUCCACUCCAAGAAGAGGGCGACCACCUGUUAAUCGCGCUGCCAACAGCUCCACACCUGUUACAACAGUAAGCGCUAGUCUGGCAAGCAGCGAUGCAUUUCAACAGACACGCGGGGUGCGCACCCGAACGCCAUCUUCAUCCAGACAAAGUCCCAAUGCCAAGCGUCGCCGUUACAACUAGUAAUCUGCACUCUAACCCACUCUACAUCUACUGCUGUUCCUGAUCGGUGGACUGGUGCAGAAGUCCAUGCUAAUGCUCAUUGGAGUAUGGUGCUGUGGGUCCAUAUGGUACCCUGUGUACCUACUGUUCACCAUUACACACGCACAACUACUGCCACGCCGGGAAGCGGGAAAUCCAUCUGGGAAGAAGACAGGUAUCUGAAGAUUUCGCUGCUCGGUCAAUUUGUUUGUAGUGUCGUCUCGAGCGUGUGUGUGCAGUGCCGGAUAUUCCCAACUUCUUCACAGAUGUCUGCUGUGUAGUAGUAGCUGAAAUACUGAUCACGCUCUACUCUUCACUGCGGCCUUGCUUCUUCACACCAAAGGAAAUGAAAAACUGCCGGGGUACUUCCAACGUUCCAAUCUUCUUCUUUUUCUGUCGUCGUUACUGCUGCUGUCAUACGUUUUGUGUAAUCCUGCGUGAUAUGGCUCAUGGUGCUAUUUGCCUCUUCUUGUGGAUGAGAGUUCAUCAUUGCAUGAUGCGUGUUUGGAGUAUUCUCUUGUCGGACUCUCUGAGUGAGAUUUGUCGUCAUGUACCUGUGUGCAAUAGCAAUUGCUGUAUGACUAGCAUGAUACUAUUGCGAGUGUAUACGUGUGUGUGUGUUCUGCCUACCUGGGUGUGAUAUUUUGUUCUUGCGUCACCGUAUACUAGUAUUCUCUGGGGGUCGAACAGACUGCCUUCGAGCUGCAUUCCUUACCCCUGACAUUGUAUCCUUGAGUGUGCCUUGCGUGGAUAGGAAUUGCUAUAUUGAAAGACUCAUCCUCAUCAAGCUGAGUGCCAAUCACUGUAUGCAUGCAUGCAUGUAUGUCUGCUGCCCCUCUGUAUGCCUCUAAAGCAAUGUUGACUGUUUACCAUUUCAGUGUUACUAUUGAGCUGCUAGAACAUAAUGCUAUACUGUUGUUUGGCGAUGUGCCGUAAGACUGGCCAAGAAAAAAAAACAUUCCAUUGCCUCUACUUCCGUGCUUCUCAUCCUAGAUGACAUUGUAGGAUUCAUCACCCUGGAUUUUCUUUCCCCUUUGAUUUGUUCCGCAUUCUGUAAAGCGUUGCUUUUAGCGCUAGUAUUUGCAGCGCCCCAGCUGUCAUCACGAUGACGUGCAAGGUGUCACAUUGACCAACUCAUGUAGUGUUUCUGUUUUUCAAUUUUCAUCAGUCUCUUUGUUUUCGUUUUUUUGCCAGCUCUGUUUCUAGUCUGGUAGUUCUUUAGUCAACAGGAUUAGAUCUUCUUUUUCUUUCCAUUCUUCUUACAUUGUUUUGGUCGCUCAGUAGAUUGCAAGUGCUGCAUGUAUGCUCGUGCUCUCCCCUUUCAUUCUCUCUCACACUCAAAAUCUCUCUCUCUCUCUCUCUCUCUCUCUCUCUCUCUCUCUCUCUCUCUCUCUCUCUCUCUCUCUCUCUCUCUGUUAUGCAUCUUUCUACUCAUUUAUCUUUGUUGUUGGAGUGCAUGUGAGGAUUUGGCAACACCUGCAUGCUGGGAGUUGCAACGCCACCUUAUGACUGCCUGAGGGUCUCGGAGUAAUGCCUUCCUUUCUUAUUGUUUCAACUUUCUAUGGUUGCCUUCUCUUUGUAGUCUUGGAGUCUUCCUUUAGUCAACAUGGUCUUUCUUUCAUUUCA